AGCCCCACCGGCAGCCCCUCAUUCGGCGGGGUGAAGACGGCGGCGUGGGUUCAGGCUCUCGCCACGAGGAGCACGCCAUCACAGGCAGGAAGAGCUUCGCCGUGGGUGUCAGGUGGGAGACUCUGUGUGUCUGCACUCAACUUCUCAAAGGCAGAGUGGAGUAGAUCCAGAUUAGGGGCAAGAAAAAAGUUUUGGGAUUAGAGCCGAAACGACACAAAAGCGGCGACGCCACUCCAGCUGCACUCCCCAAUACCAGAGGCGGAGGAACGGAGAACCGAAGCAGGGGAAGACAGUCGAGCGGACACGAGGAGUGCAGGGGCAUCAGAGCGGAGACAGCCGCACAGAGGCAGCGGAUCUUUGCCAACAAAGUCGAGUAGGAUGGAGGAUAAGCAAUUUGCCGGAAUCCUGAAUGGAGCAGUUCCAGGCGAGCCUGUGAAGAAGGAUGAGAACUCCCGGAGGGGGAACUGGGGCAACCAGAUUGAGUUUGUCCUCACCAGCGUGGGCUAUGCUGUGGGCCUGGGCAACGUCUGGAGGUUCCCUUACCUCUGCUACAGAAAUGGAGGAGGUGCCUUCAUGCUCCCGUACUUCAUCAUGCUGGUGUUCUGUGGGAUCCCACUGUUUUUCUUGGAGCUGUCGUUCGGUCAGUUCGCCAGCCUGGGGUGUUUGGGCGUCUGGAAGAUCAGCCCAAUGUUCAAAGGUGUGGGGUACGGCAUGAUGGUGGUGUCGACCUAUAUCGGGAUCUACUACAAUGUGGUCAUCUGCAUUGCCUUCUACUACUUCUUCAUGUCCAUGACCAACCUGCUGCCAUGGACGUACUGCAACAACCCCUGGAACACGCCCGACUGCAGUGGUGUGGUCAGCAACCCGCUCAACGCAAGCCUCGCCAACGCCACCACCAGCCUGGUCACUGGAGUCACUGAGGUGGUGAACCGCACCAAGAGGACCAGCCCCAGUGAGGAGUACUGGAAACACUAUGUGCUGGACAUCUCUGACGACAUCGGCAACUUCGGAGACGUGCGUCUCCCCAUCCUGGGUUGUCUGGCGGUGUCCUGGUUUGUUGUGUUCCUGUGUCUCAUCAGGGGAGUGAAGUCUUCUGGAAAGGUGGUCUACUUCACCGCCACCUUCCCAUAUGUGGUGCUGACCAUCCUGUUCAUCCGUGGCAUCACUCUGGAUGGAGCUAUCAAUGGUAUCAAGUACUACCUGACCCCACAGUGGCAGAAGGUCCUGGAUGCAAAGGUUUGGGGCGACGCUGCUUCCCAGAUCUUCUACUCCCUGGGCUGUGCCUGGGGUGGCCUCAUCACCAUGGCUUCCUAUAACAAGUUUCACAACAACUGCUUCAGAGACAGCAUCAUCAUCAGCAUAACAAACUGCGCGACCAGCGUCUACGCCGGUUUCGUCAUUUUCUCCAUUCUGGGCUUCAUGGCGCACCACCUGAACGUGCCGGUGUCUGAAGUGGCUGACCAUGGACCAGGCCUGGCCUUUGUCGCCUACCCAGAAGCCCUCACUCUGCUGCCCAUCUCCCCUCUGUGGUCGCUGCUCUUCUUCUUCAUGCUCAUCCUCCUGGGACUUGGAACUCAGUUCUGUCUGCUGGAGACGCUGGUGACCGCCAUCGUGGAUGAGAUCGGUACCGACUGGAUCAUCCGGAACAAGACUAUUGUGACGCUGUGUGUUGCUGUGGUUGGCUUUUUGCUGGGGGUGCCUCUGACCACACAGGCUGGCAUCUACUGGCUGCUGCUGAUGGACAACUACGCUGCCAGCUUCUCAUUGGUCAUCAUCUCCUGCAUCAUGUGUAUUUGCGUCAUGUAUGUUUACGGUCACAGAAACUACUUCAAAGACGUGGAGAUGAUGCUGGGCUUCCCUCCUCCUCUCUUCUUCAAAGUCUGCUGGAGAUUCAUCUCGCCGGUCAUUAUCUCAUUCAUCCUGAUCUUCACAGUGAUCCAGUACAAGCCCAUCACCUACAACGACUACGUGUACCCCGGCUGGUCCCUGGCCAUCGGCUUCGCCAUGGCUCUGUCCUCGGUGGUCUGUAUACCCAUCUACGCCCUCUACAAGAUCUCAAAGUCCCCAGGUGCCACCUUCAGAGAGCGGCUAAGGAACGCGUGCAAGCCCCACCCGAAGUGGGGUCCCGCCCUCCAGGAGCAUAGAACAGGCCGCUACGCCGCGGUGGUCUCUGAAGACACGAUGGAGACUCGCCCGCUGGAGGACAAGGAAGAGCUGAAGGAGAAGGAGAUCAAGGAUGACAUCAGCCUCACCAUCCAGGGAAGCAACGGCUCGACCAACACACACACCAACCCAAACCCCAGCGCAUAGACGGCCAACGCCGCCGCCGCCGCCGCCACCCGAAUCUCCUUCCUCGCCCCCCACGACCCCCUCCUUAUCCUAACCCCGCUUUCCUGCAGUCCACUGUGGGGGAGAUCCCAUUCGCUGGAGACCUUUACAUAUUGUAAGGGCUUAUUAUAUCGACCCUAACCUCUUCUAUCUAGCUGUGUGUUGCCUCUAAAGAAAUCAAGACAAAAUAGUGAUUGCUGUUUGUGUGUAUGUGUGCGGGUUGUCGACGACUUGAUCUUAAAAGAAGCAGCUCGGUUUUUUCUGUCUGUAUGUUUUUUAUACGUCACCGCCAUAGGCAGGAUGAGGUGAGCCGCUUGCUGCUGCAGAGAGAGAGAGAGAGAGAGAGCUGCUGUCCCCAGUCUGCGAGUUAAAGUGAACCCACCUCCACUCAACCAACACACAUACACACACACACACACAUAUAUAUAUAUAUAUAGAUAUAGAUAUAUAUAUAUAUAACCUUUUUUUUUGACUGAUGAGAACCCCAGUACCCAUUUCUCAGGGUCCAAUUGAAUCUUUGUGUUGUUGUUCCUCGCCUGUGGAAGCUCUCACGCUCUUAGAUAUUCAGGACCAGCACCGCCUGACUCUUCCUGUCUUAGAACACCCCAAUACGUGCAAAACAUGUGGAUGCAACUCUGUACAUACAAGUGCCAUCUUCCCAAGUCUUCCAAGCCUUUGUUUCCUGGGAGGAGGUCGAGUCUGGAGGAAGUAGUCCUCUUGGGUUGGUAGCAAGUCGCCCCAUAAAUCACACGCAACCAAAAAACACAACACUGUAGUUAGGCACAAGUAAUUGUUGGUAUAUCUAGUAUGUAUAUACUGUUUUUUUCUUAAUGUUCUCUAUGUUUGUGGAAUUACAUUUUAAUGGUUUGAUUUGUAGGGUCUGAAAGCACAAUAUCGCUGACAUUCUUUGAAAGCAAUAUUCUCUACCCGCCCGCGCUGUGGUCCAUUUGCUCUUUCUUUCAAGCUACAUAUUUCCAAAAGCAGGUGAAAUGCUAGAGAAUCGGCCCCAUAUAGCCAGACUGCUGUAAAUACAAAAUAAUGUGAGGGUAAAAGUCGAACCCGUCCUUUGGGUGAGAACCUUAACACCUCAACAACCCGUCUCUUGGCUUCGCAAAGGCGUGAUGAUCAUUGCUGAGAUGGGUCAGUUGAGGCUUCCUGAAACAGUGUCCUUAUCUUCAGAGCCCACUAGAUGGCAGUCUUGGGUUGAUGUGUGGUUUCAUUGUGGUUGCUCAAAUCCAAUAAUUUUAGAGCAGAGAGUGCCAUCUAGUGGCGUCUGAAAAUACAGUUCACUAGUUAAUAAACCUUACGAUGAGGAACGCUUCAUCCCAAAAUUCACUUCAACAAACCAAGGGAACAAAAGCUGCUGAGUUUGGCGCCUUCAACUGAAGGUGAUUGGCGGUUGCAUAGCAGAAGAGCAUCUCCCAAAAAGAAGCAGUUGCCAAGCAACUAGUCGACUCUCUUGUCAGCCUGGAAAUAAUAGACCUGGAGCUCGGCGAUGAAAAGACGAUUCCUUGACAUUUCAUCCAUGUUCAGUGACAGGAAGAGGAAUUCAUCUGCAUCCUUACAUAAGUCACUGAAAUCACGGACUUUUAACGGAACAGCUACAUUCUGCCUCUGAUCACAGUUGAGUGAGCAUAUUUACAUCUGAGGCAGGUACAAUAGAUAUGUAUAAUAUAGGUCAAGCACAGCUGAAUCUAGGUCACCGAGGGUUCUACUGGACUCUGAAUCUGAUGGGGCAAUCUUACGCUGAAGUGUGGCACGAGGAAGCACAGAGAGAGGAACAGGGUUAGAAAAGAAUCUCACCUGUCGCAGGAUUCAUUGUCAAAAUGCUGCUUCCUGCAUCGAGAAGUUACAGUAAUAUUCCUGAGACUUUGAGCCUAGUGAUCUGUGUAUAUUUGGACUGUCACGCCGAGGCCGUCUUCUCUCUGUAAAGUCUUGUUGUUGUUGUAAGACGCUUAGCCACCAUGCUAUCAUGCCAUCGCUAUACAUCCCAACCCUCUCCAUCUCUGCUGGCUCCACAACCCUUCCUCCCUUUGUACAGUAAUGUAAAGAAAUAUAUAAUCAGACUGUGCGUACGUGUUUUACUUGUAUUGCGGGAGGCAGGUUGUGGCGUGUGUUUGCAGGCGAGGGUUGGGUCGGGUAUCAUUUCGCCUUUGUUUUUGUCUUUUUUUUUUUUCCGUCUUGUUCAUUUUAUUUUCUUUUUUCUUUAUGUUGCUUGUAGCGUAACGUAGACCAGGUCAGAUGUAUUGUGUACUUUGUGUGUAGUGUACUAGCUCAUAUUAUUGCCAGGUAGAGCAGGUGUUGUAUCGAUGUCGAUGUAAUCUAACAAAAUUAGCACACGUAAGUCUUAUUAAUGAAUAAUUACAAAAAAAAAAGACAUUUUAUACUAAAUGAAGGAAACAAAAUGACGGAUUUUAUCCACUGUGACCUUUUAAUUUUUGCUACUAGAGCAGACAAGUGAGGUGAAGCCAGCUGGUACUAACAGUUUCGCCAAACAAAAAUAAGCUUUGGGUUAAAACUUGAACUUGGUUUUUCACCGUCUGCUCGGUCAACACAGCGCCGCCAUGUUUUAAUGAUUUCCUCUCUGUAUAUGUCACCUGAGCUUUGUUUACAACGUCGUGGCCCUUAAAUCUGACUGGCUCGGCUGCUGUUCAUGUCGUUUAAACUGGAGCGAGAUCAACACUGAAAUUAUUUCUGCAGUGAUGGUUUUUUUUUUUUUUCAUUUUUAUUUGCCUAUACCAGGAUUCUCAUUGGCUGUGUUUACAUGGACAACAACGGUGGGUCAAAAGCUGCUAGUUUUUAAGGCACAAAUUGAAGUGAAGAUAAAUAUUGAUGCUGUUUAGCAGGUGCUUUUUACCCUUGCUGCUUCGCUGGGUUCUGAACCUAUGACUUCCUGCUCAAUGUUCCCAGGCAGUGAACUCACAAGUAGCACCCUGACUGUGCCUGUGUGGUGAACAAGCACAGGACUCCUCUAAGGUCAUAGAGCUCACACAGUCAAGGACAAGAUGGCAUGGUCAUCUGUCCUGUUGGUGGCGACCACCUGUAGAGGGCGCUUGAGAUGUUGCUUUUUUUUCUUUAUUUACAUCUCAAUUUUCAAGGUCAUUUUUCCAUAGAUAGACUGUGUCUUGGAGUCAGAUUUUGACACCAGUGAUAACUGGAAUAUGAUAAAGUUCAUGUGUUUCAGUCGUCCUACACCUCACUAUAUCAUUUUUGUUGAAUUUACUCUGGUGUUUCUAAACAAAUGAAGAUGAAAACUCAAGUAGUGCAACACCCAAUGACUCAUCAUUUAUUCAAGACUGAAAGAAGCAUCAGCAACAGAGUUGAACCACCAACUGUGUUGCCUCUUGACUUACGCAGGCCUUUUAAUAGGUUCCCAACUUUCUGGUGCCCCUCAAAAAUACAUCUGUGCUGUGUUCGCAAUAGACUCUGGGUGGUGUUGUACAUGUAAACACAGCCUCUCAAACAUGCAGUAUUUCUAAUCCAAGAACACAGCGGUGUGUUUGGGACUAACAAAAGCACAAAUGUUUUUUUUUUUCUUUCCUUUGAUUAAAACAAACACUGGACCUUGUGUCUGUGCUUCUCUACUCAUCACAGCAUCAUCUCAUCCGCCGCACUUUAAAGAGUUAUGUUUUAUAUAGUCCGCAAAAGAAAAUACUUCACAUUUCUGUAUGGAUCCUGUGGUCUUCCUGUGGGGAAAAAAACAAUAACAGGCCACAAAGUUGCUAUGGUAAAUGGACUCACGGGAUGAGUGGGGAGCGAAAGCACAAGAGCACACAGUUCUACUGGAACCUUCUGUCACAUCAGUCGAUCUAACACGUCUUCUUUAGGGCCAAAAUGUUCGUAGUCCUGUCUGCUGUAUAUCGUAAUCUGUUGGAAUUACAACAAUGGUAAAUAAACUCUAUUUUAAAGAUCAA